ACUCAUCGACAUCAACACAACAAGACUUGUCAAGAAACCCAAAAAAAAAAGAAAAAUCUCUCACGGUGAGAAAACAAAAUGAAAAUUUUGAGCCAAAGAUUAUCGUUUCUAAUCGUCAUGAUCUUUCUUUUCUCCGAGCUCACGUCUUAUUCCGCCAGCCGCAAGCUCCCUACCAUGACGGCUACGGAGGAGUUCCAACGAUCAAGUUUUGACGGCAAGAGAAUGUUAUCGAAGGUAAGCGCCGCCGAGAAGUAUGAUAGGAUCUACGGAGUUUCGGCAAGAUUAGUUCCCCAUGGUCCUAACCCGCUUCACAACAAAUGAUACUAUAACAUUAUAGUUACAAUUUUGUCGCCAUUAAAUUUGUUUCCCUCUUGUGUCAACAAAUUCUCUUAUUUCUGGUUCUUUAGUUUCUUAUGUUUUGUAGAUACAAAUAUAUCAUAGAUAUAUACGUACAGAGACUUUAGUAACUUUUUUUCAUUCAUAAUUACAUUUAUUUAAUACGAUCUUGAAAAUAUGUAUCAAAUGAUUCUCUUGUUAUAUUGAUUUGAAUUAAGCUGCGAUUGAUAAAAAAUUUUGUGUUAUAUUUGUUA